AUGUUCUUGUUCGAAAUCGAGAAGAUGCACCGGCAAUACGGUCCCAUUGUCCGCAUCACCCCCUGCGAAGUCCACGUUAGUGAUCCUGCAUUCUACGAUGAAAUAUAUGCCCCGAGCAGCCGAAAGCGUGAUAAGCCUGUCAGUUUUGUUCCGUCAAUCGGGCUACCCGACUCCAUGGCGGCGACUGUAGGCCAUGAACAACACCGUUUUCGACGAAGCAUUUUGACCGAGUUCUUCUCCAGGCGCUCUGUCCUGGCGCUCUCAGACAUGGUUGACGAACGGUUGCAGACGCUUAUGCAGCGUUUCGAAGAGUUUCGAAACAAUCAAACCGUCGUGUGCCUUGAUGAUGCUUUCACGGCACUAACAUCAGAUAUCAUCACAUCCUAUUGUUGCGGUAGACACUGGGGAUUCGUGGAGGAUGAACAUUUCAACAAUCAAGUCCGCAAGGCAAUUGAGGAUCUCGCCAAGUUUUGCCAUGUUAACCGGUUUUUCCCCUGGCUGGUCUAUCUACCGCGCAUAUUGUCACCGCGAGAACGGACCCGCAAUCGACUGCGAGACGAAGCAGUUGCUGUCAUCGGUGCCGGAACAGAAUCGACAGGGCAUAUCCUGACCGUGGCUGCUUACCAUCUUGCUCGCAAUAGUGACAUGCGGGCUACACUAAGGACGGAAUUGAAGCAGGUACUGCCCACGCUUGACAGUAGGCCGACGCUGCCCGAACUUGAAAAGCUGCCCUAUCUGGUCGGUGUUGUCAAUGAAUCUUUGCGCCUGUCUUAUGCAUUGGUUGGGCGGCUUCCCCGUGUUGCGCCGACAGAGUCCCUCACAUACAAGGACUACGUUAUUCCUCCCGGAACACCGAUGAGCAGUUCCAGCUACUUCAUUCACCGAGAUGCCUCCAUUUUCCCUGAUCCGGAGAGGUUUGACCCCGAUAGAUGGGCCACGGCAGUCCAAAAGGAACAAAACUGCAAGCGUUACCUUACGUCGUUUACAAGGGGGAGCAGAGCUUGCCUCGGGAUAAAUCUCGCCUAUCUGGAGCUCUUCCAGACAAUUGCUCAUUUUGUCCGCCGGUUCGACGUGCACUUGUACGACACGGAGCCAGAGGAUGUUCGCCUCACAAGAGACAUGACCAUUGGAUAUACGAGACGGGGGUUCAUGAAGGUUUACGCCAAAUUGUCAUCAGCCGAGGAGUGGUCGGGGGUCGAGCGUUGCUCCUGA